CCUCAUCCCUCAUCUCCUUACUCUUCCUCUACUACCACCACCAUGGGCAAAGUCACCUACACUGAUGGCAUCGCCAUCCUCCAACUCGUCAUAUUCCCAUUUAUCCUCGGCGCCGCCAUUUUCAUCUGGAGCCGAACAGGCUGGAGAGUCGGCAGCAAGAUCUGGCGAUACCCCGUCACCCUCUCUCUCAUCCGCAUCGCCGGCAGUAUUUCCUCAUUAUUAACAAUCAACCACGAUUCCUACAAUGUCGAAGUCGCCGUAGCCGUAUGCGAGCUAAUCGGCAUCGCCCCUCUACUACUUACCUACAUCGGAAUCCUUAGACAAAUCGACACGGAGCAAAGACUCCCACCCCGAUUCCUCAAACUAAUCACACUGGUCUCCUUCAUUGCCCUAAUUCUCGGCAUCGCGGGCGUCAGCAGCGCAAACGACAACAGCAACGGCUACACCCCCGACACCAUUGUCAAAGUGUCCAUGGCCAUCUUCAUCGUCGUAUUCGUGAUCUACAACCUCGCCGCCGCGUGGCUGUUCUUCCAGCUUAGCUUCAGUAUGAGAAACUUCCAGAAGAAGCUUUUCAUGGCCAUCGUUCUCUCUUUCCCCUUCAUUCUCAUCCGGGUGAUUUAUUCGGCGAUUAGCGAUUACACCACCAUUGACAAGUUUGCUGUCCUGACGGGCAGUCCCACCAUCUAUCUGGUUAUGGAUGUGUUGGAGGAAAUUGUCGCCAUGGCGCUUACUAUGUUCCUGGGGAUGUCGGCGGUGCUGGAGGAGGAUUUUGUGAAGCUUACGCCCGAGCAGAUGGGCGCGGAGCAGAAGUACGAUCAGGUGCAGGUGCAGCAGGUUUAAGCUUGGGUUGUUUAAUGUGUUUUAUGUGUCGGUUGGCGUUUUUUGUUUUGUUGUUUGUUUUAUGGGGUAUAUCCAAGUCGUGCGAUUUUGUGGUUAUGGGAUAGAUAUGGG